AUUCUGCCUGAAAUACUAAAUACCGAUAGGCGAUAGCCCCAAACGGCAAACGGCCCAAACGGCAAACACUCGUUUUUCGGCGUCCGGCGUCCUGUCCGUUUUGCCCGCCAUUAUAGGUUCGGGUCAGGAUCGCUUUUUAUUUACACUCAUUAGUCAUUACUUAACGACGAAAACCUUUUUAAGCGCAUCUCACAGGUCAGUGCCGAGUGCCCGCCGCGCUUUUUAAAAGGCGGUGGUCACGGUACGUCAUCCAUUAUCAAAUAACGUAACGACGCGUCGUUCGUUAGCCAUUAGACAGUGGUGGAGUAGUAUAGUAAGUAGUUUUAAUUCGAAAUAAACUACUGUUAGAGUGGCAAAAGAUCUUCGCGUCGUAACAAUUACUCUUGACGAUCAGGGUCGCCGCAUGUGGUGACCAUUAGUGACGAAUAGAGAACCAAGAGGACAGCUCAAAUAUUUAUUUCCCUAUGGCGCCAACUACUAGGAAAAGUAAUGGAAUAGCACGUAGACCAACAGCUCGUCAACCGAUACCAAAAAAUGUGUUGGUAGAGUUGAGCGUUAGUCAUAAUAAAGCGUGUAUGUUUUGUGGCCAAAAAGAAAUCAGUGAAAAAUUAUAUGGCCAGCUUUAUCAGCUUAAUGAUAUCAUCGUUCACUACUUUUGUAUUUUAUUGUCGUCAAGAGCCGUUCAAAAUGGCGCUGACAAAGAAGGAAUUUGGGGAUUUUUAUACAAAGAUAUUAAAGCUGAACUAACCCGAGGAUCUAAAGAAACUUGUAAUUAUUGUAAGAAGAAGGGUGCAACUAUAUCAUGUUGUGGAGUAAAAUGCCGAAAAGUGUUUCAUCUUCCUUGUGGUUUGAAAAAUGGGUCUAUGCAUCAAUAUUUUCAGUCAUUUAAAUCAUUUUGCCAACAGCAUCGUAUUACUCAAACUGUAGAUUUAUCUGAGUUACAAAAUUCUGGUCCAAUACAAUGUGCUAUUUGCAAGGAUGAUGUUACACCAUCUCCUUUACCGAAUUCUAUUUGGGCACCAUGUUGCAAACGUAAUGCUUGGUUUCACCGAGGAUGUAUUCAAGAUCUGGCAUUAAGUGCAGGCUAUUUUUUUAAAUGCCCAUUAUGCAAUAAUGUUGAAAUUUUCAAAGGCAGAAUGCUAACUCUUGGAAUAUAUAUACCAUCCAGUUACCUGAAAAAAUUAAAUCACAGGGACGCCUCUUGGGAAACUGUACCAAAUGCUUAUGUGGAGCUCUUAGAAAGGCAUAGUUCGUGUAAUGCUGUAACCUGUCUAUGUCCACAUCCAGAAAAACGUAAAUAUCAAAACGAUUCUUCAUGGGAAAUAAUACUAUGCAAUACCUGUGGUUCAAAUGGAACACAUAAAUUAUGCAGUUCUCUUAAAUGUGAUCAAGCGUGGCUCUGUCCAGGGUGCAAAGUUGUUGAGGAAAAUCGUGCCAAAGAGAUGAUAAAAAAAUUAGAAUUACCUGAACUUGGAGAUGAUGGUGAUGGCGGUAUUUCAGUUAUGUUUGAAGAAAGAAUGUCUCAAAACAGAGAAGCACAACGACGAAAUAUUGAAUUAAUGCGUAAUGCAUCUCGGACAUUCUCAGUAGAUGAUCCAAUAGUUAUUUCAGAUGAUAGUAAUGAUAGCGUAGAGUUUAUGACUAUGACUUAUAUUGAUCCACCAAAACAACCGCUUAUGCAACCAGUUCAAACACCCCAAAUUCGGUUGCCAGUAAUAGCUAGCUAUGCAUCAAUACGUGGUAGAAAUCGCCUUGGCCGUAGAUUUACUCUUACUAACCAGUCAAGACCUAUGACGUAUGUCAUAUCAGGAAGUAUUGACUUAACUUUGGACAACGAUGACGAUGUUGAAAAUAAUGUAUAAUAUAUUAAUUAGUAAUUGAACUACCAGAUGAAUAUUUUAUAAUGUUCUGAUUGUAUAUUUGUAUACAUGGAGCAAAUUAUACAAUUAAAGACUGAAAUUGAUUUUUCCUUAAUAUUAUUUUCUGCUAUUUACAUUUUAAAAGCUGCUUACAAAUUUAAAACUUCUAUCUGAAAUGAAUUAUUAGUGUUAGUUCAAUUUUUAGUUAAUUACUAAUUAGGUUAAAUUAAAACUAAAACACUGCCCUUAACUAUUCAAAUGUAACUAAAGUAAUAUGUUUUAAUAUUGUUUCUUAUGUUUGUUUGUAUUUUUUUUUCUUUUUAUUGAAUAUUUUGUGACCAUGUUUUUGUCCAAACUAUUAAAUUUUAAUUAUAUUUAUUAAGUAUUCAAGUUUAUGUAAUGGAAUAAAAGGAUAGAAUAAGUAUGUAUCAUAUAAUUAUGUAAAUAUAUAUUUUGUGAAUAAAACCUUAUCAAACUUAUCUUUCUUUUAACAUAAAAUAUAAUUCUUAUUUUAACUAUACAAUGCAAUCACAAACCAGUCAAUUUAUUGGGAUCUUCGGACUUGUUGUCUUAACUUUUGAUGUUCUAUAUCUAGUUGUUUCCUUAUAUUACCUAAGUUUGAUAACAAGUGUUGAUCAGUGGGCAGCUCGUGAUUAUUUCCUAAUUUUGCAUCUCUGGAUACCUAAAAAAUAUAAAUGUUAAAUUUAAUUGAUAAAUUUUAAAGUUUUGUAAAACAAAUAAUGUAGUUAAUAUGAUAAAAAUCAAUUUUAUGAUUACUAAAAUUUAUUAAUAAUAUAAUAUGAAUCAAUAAAUUAAUAUAUAUUUCAAUUA